AUGACGCACGAGGGUGUUUACAAAGCUGAGAUUGUGUACAUCAGAGAAUCUGAAGAGAAACAGCCGGAACAAUCCCUCAAGCAGGCUGCUCAUCCUCAGCUGAAAUCAUCUUCCGAUCAUUUGGUCACUCCCCUUCCUCCUCCCCCUCCAUUAGUCACUGCUUGCUCUGAACUGGACAGCGCCAACCCUAAAUCUGUGCCUGCUCCUAAGGAAACCACUGAUAACAAACACCCAAGCAUUUCUCAUAUAGGGUGUCAGAGCAAAUCUCCUGAAGCUGAGGUCAGAGCAGAUCUUUUUUUAAACAACACUGUUCAGAGAGAAGAAGGUGUGAGCCCUACCAACUCUGUUGAGAUGUUAGCGUCUCCGACCUCAUCAAAGGAGUCCAUCCUUUCUGAGGUUUGGGACAGAGACAGAAGCUGGUCUGCCAUACACCUCUUAUCCCCUACAGAAUCUCCAGUUCCUGUCAGCCGCACCAUCUCCCAGUGUUCCUCCAUAAGGUCAGGGGCAUUUUCCCCAGCGGUGGUCAGACUAAAACGUCAUUCUCUAGCUCCAGGCUCCAGUUUGAUUCAGAUGCCACCUGUUUCAGUGACUCCUUGUUGUAAUAGCCUGGCACCCUCACCCUGUCCCUUAUCGCCUCGUGCACGACACAGACCGCCACCAACUCAGCUCUCACUGCUCACAGCCAUUCUCAGGAAGGGCCGUUUGCCAAUUCUGUCGCCGGCUUUACAAAGACCAUACACACCCUGUUGGCCAAUCUGUCAAGUCAACUUAUCCUCUUGCAUGGCUUGCUCAGCUGCCUCCUCUGUGGCAUCAGUCUGUCAGGAUGAAUCCAGACCAGUGUCCUCCGCUUCCACGGUCAGACCUUGUUCCAGGUCUUGUCCAGGUGAGGAGCCACAGCUUGAGUCAUCAAAAUCAUCUCUAGAUUCCUUAUCUGUAUCUUCCAGGGAACAUUCCAGCUCUGGUCCUAUCCCACCACCAUCAAAAUGUCUAGUCAAACCUGAAUAUCGCAGUAUUGCUUGUAACAGUAGGGUCAUCUCGCCGACCCAAGACAGCCUCUUGACCAAACCGGUCUCUCAUGCUCAACCUUCUCUACCACAACUUUACAAACCAGUAAACAAAGAUGUGCCUUCAGUGUCAAAUGUUCUACAACACUCAUCUUUCUCCAGACUGAGGUCUCUUUCCCCUAAAGCAAGCUCCUUGCCCUGUUGCAACUCAACAGGCAAAAUUACUCCAUCUAAUCCCCCUGUCUCUCCAAUUCCGAAGCAAGUGGAAGAGAAAUCAACCCCAGAAAUACCAAAUGGCAAGAAAACACUCCCUGAUUUAGAGAGAGUGCUCUCGGGGUCCCGGGCGUUUAGACUGUCACCACCCCCCCGUGUCUCCAGUCUGUCUCAGCUUUCCUACACACCUCCCAUUUCUCCCACCUGCCCCUCACCCAAAUCGAAUUCGCGCCCCACUAGCCCAGAUUAUUACACUCUGUCACCAUCUCCGGCGGUUUCCAGCCGUCAACUUUCCCCUUCACCCUCUUACUCCCUGUCCUCUACACCCUCUCCGACCCCAAGAGCAAGCUCCACAGACCUGCCGCACAAAAAAAGAAAGCCAUACAAGAUCAAGUCCACCUACAAAGCGCUUGCUGCUAUUCCCACGAACACACUUCUUCUGGAACAGCAGGCAAUAGAUGAUGAGGUAGACAAAGGAGAAAACCAGUUGAAUUCACUGAACGACCAGGAACAAGAGGAGACUCAUGCAGAGAUGUGCUCACCUGCGCAGUUACGCCAGCAGUCUGAGGAGUUGUAUGCAGUCAUAGAUGAAGUGCUGGAGGACUCAAUCCAUAAUCGCCAGUCACUCCCUGCUAACAAGCCUUCCAAGAAAUUUGUGGCAACAGAGACACCAAAGACCAAGCCAGGGGUAAUACGACCUGUGAAUGUAGCAGCAAGGUUAAAAGAAGAAGAGGGGGAAGAGUACCAUCCAAAUCCAUUCUGGAGAUAUCAAGACUUUAAUUCUGACAGGGUCCAGUACACACUUGCCAGCAAAGUCUUGGAAGGGGCAGAGGCUGAUGGCAUUGGACGUCCAAAGAGUGAGAUAACCAGAAAAAUGAAUCCAGCAGAGGAAUUGAUGGACACUCGAGCCAGCCCUGCACUUCUCAUAACAGAGGCAACUGAACAACAAUCUCCAGCAGUUACAGAGGCAGCCUCGCUUAACCUCACACAAGUGCGCAUGGGGACUCAGGAAACUCACAUAUAA